AUGGCGUUCAUGGUGAAGACCAUGGUGGGCGGCCAGCUGAAGAACCUCACCGGGAGUCUGGGGGGCGGCGAGGACAAGGGGGACGGGGAAAAGUCGGCGGCCGAAGCGCAGGGCAUGAGCAAAGAGGAGUACGAGGAGUAUCAGAAGCAACUGGUAGAAGAGAAGAUGGAGCGGGAUGCUCAGUUCGCUCACAGGAAAGCAGAGCGUGCCACGCUGAGGAGCCACUUCCGAGACAAAUACCAACUGCCCAAGAACGAGACAGAUGAGAGCCAGAUCCAGAUGGCAGGUGGAGAUGUGGAGUUGCCCCGGGAGCUGGCCAAGAUGAUUGAGGAGGACACAGAGGAGGAGAAGGCCUCAGUCCUCGGGCAGCUGGGCAGCCUCCCUGGCUUGGACCUUGGCUCACUCAAGGACAAGGCCCAGACCACAUUGGGAGACCUUAAGCAGUCAGCAGAGAAGUGCCACAUCAUGUGACCACUUCCCCAGGGUUAUCCACUGGGUGACUGAAGGGGUGGGCCUACAUGAGGGCUAAGAGCAUGUCUCAAAUCCCAGGGACCCAAACCCCAUUGGGCUUUGUUUCCCCAGCCCCACAUUAGCCCCAGGACCCUUCUCAUCCCUGCCCCAGGCUUGCCUUCUGGUCUCUCCCUCUCCACUGGGACCAGAGUCCCCAUUCCUCACUGUACCCCCCAGGACCCCACUCACUCAACCUGGGGAGGCCUCCCAAGGUUGUAGGAAUAGGCCCAUUCCUCUCUGACUGUGGCCUCAAAUUCCUGCACAUACAACCACCCAGAGAAAGACACACAGAGAGAAAAAAAACCCUGGCAUAAGCAGAGGCCUAAGCUAUAGACGCAUCCUUGCACACACACACAUAGACACACCCAUGGGGCAGUACCCCUGGAUGCCCAGCCCCUCUAGACAUGACACUCAGAUACACUCAGAGGUGGCUUUGGGUAGACACAGACCUCAACAGACGGGAGUUCUGAGUUCCAAACUUCACCUUUCCUGACCUUGAAAGCCACUGCUCUUUCUGGGCCUCAUUUCAUCAUCUGUAAAUUGGGGAUGGACUAGGUGAUUUCUAAGACUCCUUCUAGCUUGGCCUUCUGAGCCCGUGGAGCCAACCCCACACCCCUCCUUUCUCCGGCAGGGUAGCAGCUGCAUCCACAGCUCAGGCAUCGCUGGGCUGCCAGUGCCUCCACUGUGGGCUCUGGCUCUUGGGAGCUGAGCGAUGCUGUGUGAGGGGCAGAGUGCCAGGGAUGAAACUGGCACUGAACAGCAGCCCCGGUUGCUCCAGGCCUUCUUUGGGCCUAGGGCCCAGCCAGUUCUAUUCUGUUCCUGUAGCUCUCUCUCUGGAUUCCAUAGCUGGAGUCUCCUCUCCCAGCUCAAUGAAAAAUAAAAACUUCAAACGAUGUGCUUAUCUUCCCACUUCUUACUGACCUCCGGGAGUUUUGGGGUUCACAACCCCCCAACCCUAUGCUUGGAGGGGUGUCCUCUGCCUCCUCACCCACAGCUUCAUAGGAGAGAGGAGA